AGACGUCAACACGCGGUGCCUGGAAGCACUCACGACUUGUUAGCGCCAAAGCUCGCGGCCGCGCGAAGCGAGGCUGCAGCCCGAUAACGAAAAAAGUUGAUGAAAUUCAUCCGAGGUGCCUCGUCGUAUAUUUUUUCAAAACUCAACAUAGGCUCACUGAUUGGGCUAUGAACGAUUGAAAUUCUUUGCGCAUACUACACCAACAAUUAUACUACCAGCAAUGUCCGCCUCCUCAACUUCAUUCCCGCGUAUCCCUGCAUGGAAGCGCCUGGGGCUCAAGCUCAAAUCUGAGGGCGAUGCACCUUCACCAGUCGCUCCAGCACCGCCCACAGAAUACGUGGCUGCGGAACAGCCAAAGAGAAAGCGCGCAUCCGAUGAAGUUGAAUCUACACCUAUCAAAAAGUCCAAAAAGUCGCUCAAAAAGGCCGAGUCUACUAUAUCUUCAACCCCAACAGCCGUGCCCGAUGGUAUGCUAGGCCGGCGCAAGUCGGUUGCGUUCACGCCAGAGACGAAAGCCGAGGACGGUGACAGCAUAAGGCAGCUAUUCAACUCUUGGGUUGCUCAGCAGAAGGAAAUCGACCAUUCCUUUGCCAGCAAGAACGACCAGCCAUCAUUUCAAACCCCCAUACCAACUACCGUCGACGAGACGGUCGAUACCACAUUACCUGAGCCCGAGCGACGAGUGAAGCGUGUGAAGUCCACCAACCCAGACGACAAGGCAAAGCCCAAGAAGUCCAAGUCCAAAGUGGUGAAGUCGAAGCCCAUCGACCCUGCGCUCACCUACUUGACCCAGUUCCACGGCGACAAGGCCAACUGGAAGUUCAAUAAGAUAAACCAGAUUGCAGUUCUUAAGAACGCCUUCGAUACUGAACUCAUCCCUACCGAAUACAACCAGCCACUUUACGAAUACAUCGCCGGAUUGAAAGGCGCUGCACGUGUGCAUCUGAGAGAUCGCGCACUGGAAAUCAGAGAUAAGGACGUGGAAGAAGGCGCAAAAGGCUUCACAGACAAGAUGACAGACAAUCAACGGGCGAAGAAGCAGGAGGAAUAUGAGACAGCGAUGGAGGAGUACGCUGCGACGAUGACUUCCACGGCCAUUUCAUCAAGGACGGGCUUGGAAGAAGGGAUCAUACUUGGUCUCAAUGACACGGCGAUGAAGGAGCGUAUGAUGAAGAGGAUGAGAGCUGAGCACGUUCUGAAUUUGUUGGCGAGCACACCAGGUGAUCCAUCCGAUUACGCGCCUGUGGUGGGCAACACGAAGCCAUUGGAGGAGGCCAGACCACAACCGGUGAAGCUUGAGGCGGAGAAACCACAAAAAACAGUGCGGAAGAGGAAGCAGAGAACAGCGGUGUACGAAAGCGACAGCUCGUCAUCUUCGGACUCAGACUCAGACUCGGACAGCAGCACGUCAGAGGAGGAGAGUGACGACGAAGGCCCAUCCAAGAAAUCCAAGAAAUCGGACUCGGAUUCUGACAGCUCAAGCAGCUCGUCCGGAUCAAGUUCUGGGGACUCCUCGGAUUCAGAUGGCUCGGAUGGUAGUAGCAGCAGCAGCAGCAGCAGUGGCAGUGAAGGUGAAGGUGAAGGUGAAGGUGAAGGUGAAGGUGAAGGUGAAGGUGAAGGUGAUGAGAGUGACUAA